CUCAGCCCCCGCCGCCCGCCGGGUUAAGUAGCCGGGAUUAGCCCGCUGCGGCAGCACGACACCGACAUCCCGGGCACUUCGCCGCCCGGCGGGGGCUGGGAGCCCGGCGCCCGCACCCGCGCCGCCUCGCCCGCCCGCCGCGCCCCCAGGGCGGUGUUUUUGGCCGCGGCUGAGUCGUGCGCCGCUUUCCGUCGGAGCGGACGAGCUGGUUUGAUUUAUCGAUGGCUGGCCGGGCUGCUGAUCGACCGGCGCGGACGAGGAGGGGAUGCGGCACCGCCUCGGGUGCCGGGAGAGCGAAUCCCCCGCGGGCGUUCCGCCGGGGGUGAGCCUGUCCCCGCCGAGGGAAGCGCCGCUAACGGCGGUGUCAUCCUGGUCCCGGCGGAGCGUGUAACCUUUGGCUGCGGCACCACACUGUACAUGCCUUUUGGCUUUGGGGAACAGAACGCGCCAUGGCACAACCUCAAAGAUCUCUCUCCAGACGGGCUCUCUUGCUUGGGUGAUGUGUCUGCUCUCCUGACUGUCUUCAUACCCAAAGGAUUUAUUUUCCUCUUGGAAAUAUUUUAAGUUGAAAUUUUGUUCCUCACUGGAAACUGUCUGCGCUAAAGACUGCAUGCAUCAUGGGUGACAUGGCAAACAACUCGGUUGCAUAUAGCAGCGUAAAAAAUGCUGUAAAGGAAGCUAAUCAUGGAGAUUUUGGAGUUACUCUUGCAGAGCUCCGUUCUCUUAUGGAACUUCGAGCUGCAGAUGCACUGCAUAAAAUACAGGAAUGCUAUGGUGAUGUACAUGGCAUCUGUACAAAGUUGAAAACUUCACCAAAUGAAGGUUUAAGUGGAAAUCCAGCAGAUAUAGAAAGGAGAGAAGCAGUUUUUGGAAAGAACUUUAUACCUCCUAAAAAGCCAAAAACAUUUCUUCAGUUAGUAUGGGAAGCACUACAGGACGUUACGCUAAUUAUAUUAGAAAUUGCAGCUGUAGUAUCCUUGGGCCUUUCUUUUUACCAGCCUCCAGGAGGAAAUGAAUCAUUAUGUGGAUCAGUAAAUGUUGGUGAAGAAGAGGAGGAAUCUGAAGCAGGUUGGAUUGAAGGAGCAGCAAUCCUCCUAUCUGUAGUUUGUGUGGUAUUAGUAACAGCUUUCAAUGACUGGAGCAAAGAGAAACAAUUUCGGGGAUUGCAGAGCCGUAUUGAACAAGAACAGAAAUUCACAGUCAUCAGAGGUGGCCAAGUCAUCCAAAUACCAGUAGCUGACAUAAUUGUUGGAGAUAUUGCACAAGUGAAAUAUGGUGACCUUUUACCUGCUGAUGGUGUGCUCAUUCAAGGAAAUGACCUCAAAAUUGAUGAGAGCUCGCUGACUGGGGAAUCUGAUCAUGUUAAGAAGUCUCUGGACAGAGAUCCUAUGCUGCUGUCAGGCACACAUGUGAUGGAAGGCUCUGGAAGAAUGGUGGUUACUGCUGUAGGUGUGAACUCUCAGACUGGAAUCAUCUUUACCUUACUUGGGGCUGGAGGAGAUGAAGAGGAGAAGGAGAAGGAAAAAGAAAAGAAGGAAAAGAAAAGUAAAAAGCAAGAUGGAGCUGUUGAAAACCGUAACAAAGCUAAAGCUCAGGAUGGUGCAGCCAUGGAAAUGCAACCACUGAAGAGUGAGGAUGGUGGAGAUGGAGAUGAGAAAGACAAGAAGAAAGCAAACUUGCCAAAGAAGGAAAAGUCUGUUCUCCAAGGCAAACUCACAAAGCUUGCAGUUCAGAUUGGCAAAGCAGGUUUGUUGAUGUCUGCAAUCACAGUCAUUAUCCUUGUGUUAUAUUUUGUAAUUGAUACCUUCUGGGUUCAGAAGAGACCUUGGCUUGCUGAAUGUACCCCCAUUUAUAUUCAGUAUUUUGUGAAGUUCUUCAUUAUUGGAGUUACAGUCUUGGUGGUGGCAGUACCAGAAGGUCUUCCUCUUGCAGUCACUAUAUCUCUGGCUUACUCUGUUAAGAAAAUGAUGAAAGAUAAUAACUUGGUGAGACAUCUGGAUGCAUGUGAAACUAUGGGCAAUGCAACAGCUAUUUGCUCAGAUAAAACAGGAACAUUGACUAUGAACAGAAUGACAGUGGUCCAAGCCUACAUCAAUGAAAAACAUUAUAAAAAAAUUCCAGAACCAGAGGCUAUUCCAGAGAAAACUAUGGCUUAUCUUGUGACAGGAAUUUCUGUUAAUUGCGCUUAUACUUCCAAAAUACUGCCUCCUGAAAAAGAAGGUGGCCUACCACGUCAUGUUGGAAAUAAAACUGAAUGUGCCUUGCUGGGAUUGCUCUUGGAUUUAAAACGUGAUUAUCAGGAUGUAAGAAAUGAGAUACCAGAAGAGGAUUUGUACAAAGUGUACACCUUCAACUCUGUUAGAAAAUCGAUGAGUACUGUGUUAAAAAACUCUGAUGGCAGUUUCCGGAUAUUCAGUAAAGGUGCCUCUGAGAUAGUUCUUAAAAAGUGCUUCAAAAUACUGAGUGCUAAUGGAGAACCAAAGGUAUUUAGACCUAGGGACCGUGAUGACAUUGUGAAAACUGUCAUUGAGCCAAUGGCUUCUGAAGGUCUCAGAACCAUCUGCCUGGCAUUCAGAGACUUCCCAGCAGGGGAGCCUGAGCCAGAGUGGGACAAUGAGAAUGAUAUUGUCACUGGUCUGACAUGCAUUGCUGUUGUUGGGAUUGAAGAUCCUGUGAGACCUGAGGUACCUGAUGCAAUAAAAAAGUGUCAGCGUGCAGGCAUAACUGUACGUAUGGUCACAGGUGAUAACAUUAACACUGCUCGUGCUAUUGCACUGAAAUGUGGUAUUCUGAAUCCUGGUGAGGACUUCCUGUGUUUGGAGGGCAAAGACUUUAACAGGAGAAUACGCAAUGAGAAAGGAGAGAUAGAGCAAGAGCGAAUAGAUAAAAUCUGGCCAAAGCUUCGUGUCCUUGCAAGAUCUUCUCCCACUGACAAACACACUCUAGUAAAAGGUAUAAUUGACAGCACUGUCUUUGACCAGAGGCAAGUUGUAGCAGUAACUGGUGAUGGUACCAAUGAUGGUCCAGCUUUGAAGAAGGCAGACGUUGGAUUCGCUAUGGGUAUUGCUGGAACAGAUGUAGCUAAAGAAGCUUCUGAUAUUAUCCUCACAGAUGACAACUUCACCAGUAUUGUUAAAGCAGUUAUGUGGGGAAGAAAUGUCUAUGACAGCAUCUCCAAAUUUCUUCAGUUCCAGCUUACUGUCAAUGUAGUAGCAGUAAUUGUUGCUUUUACAGGAGCUUGCAUAACACAAGAUUCUCCACUUAAAGCCGUGCAGAUGCUGUGGGUAAAUCUCAUAAUGGACACAUUAGCUUCUCUUGCCCUGGCAACAGAGCCACCCACUGAAGCUCUUCUGCUGAGGAAGCCUUAUGGUAGAAACAAACCUUUGAUUUCUCGUACAAUGAUGAAGAACAUUUUGGGUCAUGCAUUCUACCAGCUUGUAGUGGUCUUCACGCUCCUGUUUGCUGGUGAGAAAAUUUUUGACAUUGAUAGUGGAAGAAAUGCACCUCUGCAUGCUCCUCCUUCAGAGCAUUAUACCAUAGUAUUUAAUACAUUUGUGAUGAUGCAGCUUUUCAAUGAAAUUAAUGCCCGAAAGAUCCAUGGGGAAAGAAAUGUUUUCGAAGGAAUCUUUAACAACGCUAUCUUCUGUUCUAUUGUGCUGGGGACAUUUGUUGUGCAGAUAAUUAUUGUGCAAUUUGGUGGAAAGCCUUUUAGUUGCUCAGAACUCACAAUUGAACAGUGGCUGUGGUCCAUUUUCCUGGGCAUGGGCACACUACUUUGGGGCCAGUUGAUUUCAACAAUUCCAACCAGCCGACUGAAGUUCCUUAAGGAAGCUGGUCAUGGAACACAAAAGGAGGAGAUUCCUGAAGAAGAACUAGCAGAAGAUGUAGAGGAGAUCGAUCAUGCUGAGAGAGAAUUGCGCCGGGGUCAGAUCUUGUGGUUUAGGGGCCUAAACAGGAUACAAACUCAGAUCCGAGUGGUGAAUGCAUUUCGUAGCUCCUUGUACGAGGGGCUAGAGAAACCUGAGACACGAAGUUCAAUUCACAAUUUUAUGACGCAUCCUGAGUUUAGAAUAGAAGACUCCGAGCCUCAUAUUCCCCUUAUUGAUGAUACUGAUGCUGAAGAUGAUGCUCCAACAAAACGCAACUCUAGUCCCCCUCCCUCUCCCAAUAGAAAUAACAAUGCGGUUGACAGUGGAAUUCACCUUACAACAGACAAGAACAAGUCUGCUACCUCUUCAUCCCCAGGGAGCCCACUACAUAGUUUGGAAACAUCACUCUGAUUGUAAGCUGAAUGUUAACACACUAGCUGCAUUGUAAAGAAAUUGAAACUGGGUCUCUUCACACAUUAUGAUGGACAAGAUGCUAUUCUUGUCUUGGACUUCAACAGAAGAAACACUUGUACGAAUGUAGAUUUAUUUUUUUAAAAAAAGCUUUCUGCCAGACUGGAGGGUGCUUUUCUGGGGGUGGGAGUAAUAAUGAACUCUGACAGAUAAACAGUAACUCAGCAUAAGUGACCUGUGGAUCAUCUGUUGUACUAAGAAUGGUCCUGAAGAGUGUGUUAGCAGAGCUUUAGUUUAUCAUGAUCCUUUUCUGAGGGGAAAGCUGGGAAGGGCAAGGAGGCCCUGGAUCAUUGAAUUGAUACUUUAAUUUCUGCUGUUGGCUGUUAAUAAUUUGGAUUAUUUAUGUUUAUAAAUGAUACAGAUCUGUUUACAAGGUUUGUAGAUACUUUUUUGUUCCUGUUCAUAGAUGGGAAGCUUCCUUAUAAAUGAUGCAGAGAAGACAAAAAACAAAACAAAAAAAAAAAACCAAAAAAACUAGUCCUUCAAAUACUGCUGUAUUUUCAGGAAAAGGGUGUUUCUAUUGAAACUGUACUAAAUUUUGCCUGCAAUUUACCUUGUUAAAUAUUGUAGAUAAAUUGCUACUACUAAUAGCCAAAUAGAUAACACUAAUGCUUUGUAAAAACAUGAGCAGUGGUGUUCUAAUGAAGUUAUGGCCUCUGUCCUAAUUAGUUUCUUAAAUACAUUUACUACUUAAUGGUUUUGAAACAACUGUUUAAUUUUUAAAAAUUUUGAGAAACUUAAUGAAUAACUUUUGUUCAGAACUUAGUAGGAUUGUUUAAUGCAGGACAUCAAUACGUGAUGGAACUUGCUUGAAAUAUUUCUGUUAUCUCGGGCAAAUGGAUUAAAUCAAAAUACAUCAGAAUCUUAGUCCUUUGUUUUUGUCUAAUCAUGUUAGUUUAGUGCUGUCUUGGUGAACUGUGAGUGGAACUGUGAUUUUUUUCUAAUCUAUAGAAUCCUUCAUGCAGCAUGAGGGCUGUUGGCAUUUUGAAAGGUUGAUAGUGGGUAGCAUACAUGUUCUCCUUUUUGUUUUUGAAACUUGUUUGUAAACAUGAAUAAAUCUGCCCUUUUGUUAAAAUAAAAUUGCAGCAAUGGUUUCUUACA